AUGCCUAGUGAGAUUGUGUAUGAGCUGAUGAGUGCCCCAAACCAUGGCCGCCUUGUCAUGUCUGACAACUAUAGUGUAGCCAUUCAAUCUUUCUCACAGCUUGAUGUAAACAAAGGUCGAAUUUUAUAUGCCCAUGAUGGUGCUAAUGGAUCAGCUAGGUUUUAUUUCAAGGUGUCUGAUGGAAAGCACAAGCCAAAAUAUACUGUGUUUACAAUUGAAAUUGAACCUUUAAUGCUUAAACUAGUUAAUCAUUCUGUCAUUCCUCUUCGCCAGACUACCACUGUUUCCUACAUCUCGCCACAUUAUCUUGCAGCAGUGACGAAUGGUAAUCACAAACACAUUUUCUACAAUGUCACCAGGCCUCCCAGGUUUGGUCGUUUAUACAUGAAUGAUCAAGUAGUUCACUCAUUUGGACAGGUGAAUGUGGAUAAAGGUGAAGUACUGUAUAUGCAGAUGGAGCUGAGUGAGUCUGCUGAUAACUUUAGGGUAGAUCUAUGGACGUGGGAGGCUACAGUGCAAGAUGUAGAGGUGCGGGUGGUGGUUUUACCAUUAAUAGAAUCCAAGCCACUUAUGGCAGCAGUGGGAGGUCGUACACAACUUUCUCUUGAACACCUCAAUGCUUCACAGCUGGCUGCGACAACAGGAAGUAAUCCCCUCUAUAAGGUAAAAAGACGACCUCGUUUUGGUCGAAUAAAAAAAGUGAGCCGACGAAUACAGAGAUCAAUUCGCUCACAUGAAGUUCAUGAGUUCACUCAUGAAGAAAUUAAAGCUGGUGUAAUAUAUUAUAUUGCCAGAAAUCUUAGGUUAAAGGCCGAUGAGCCCUUGCAUGAUGCCUUAUACUAUGUGCUGCAUGUGCCCGCACCUGGAGUACAGCCUGCUGAAGGUACUUUGCACCUCACACUUGUAGAAGCAGGAGUAGUGUUUGACGAGGGUGCAGAACCACCCAGACACUUGCGACCAGAACUCCUACCACCUUCUGUCCAUGGUAGUGCUGAGUCCAAUCCUUCUGGGUCUGCCAACUCUGGCUUUUUCUUUGGUAUUCCCAAAGAUUAUUUACUAAUGGCAAUGGCAGCUGUAGUUGCUGUAGUGGUAAUUACUGUUAUGAUCAUUUUAGUAUGGUGUGCUACCAAACAUCUAUACUCUGAUAAGACAAGCGACUCUGGGAUGGAUGCUGAUGUAGCAUCUCUACCACCACCUCUUCCAUCAGAUUCCAGACCAAAUUCAUUUAUGACCGAUGACCUGUCAGAGAUGGAGAGACAACCUCCAGAUUUACCAUUAUCUCCCCGGCCUGGGCACAACCACAUGCACCACCAUAUGCACCAUAAUGGUGGCAGUGGUGGACUGGGUCUGGCCACUCACCUCACAGACUCUGAGGCCUCAUGGCCCCAUGAUGCCUCACGUGAGGUGUCACCAGCAGUGCCUCAGUGUAAGGUGACGCCCCUGUGUACGGACACAGCAACUCGUGAGCCGACUUACGACACACUUCUGGCCGGCUAUCCAUAUGGGGCGGAUACUCAGCAAGCCGAGGAAUGGGGGCUUUAUGAAAAGGAACAGCCCAGGACCAACCCUAUGCUCAGGAAGAACCAGUACUGGGUAUAGAACUCAGCAGGAGGGUUGGCUAAUCAUAAAUGUAGAACAUAGAACAAUAGAAAAGAUUUCUUCUCUUAGGUUGUGUAAACAUUUUUUUUUUUAAAUAUUGAUGAGUUAUAAUUCAUUUUCUGCCGAGUUAAGUCCAGAAAUGUGGAAAGAUGAAAAUUACUUAAGCUGACAAUUUCCUAAUGCUCAAGAACUUAAAAAUACUGCUGUGCUUAAUGGGCUUAAUAUAUAUUUUAUCUGAUUAAGAAACUUAUCCAUGAUGAAAAAUUAUACAUGAAUAGAAGUAUGCAGAGUAAUUAGCUAUAAAAACUUCUUUAAAAUAUAUUUCUUAUGCUUGAAGUGGUAAAAUACACGAUAAAUUUAGUGUAAAACAAAGGAAA